GAGGAGGCGGAGUGCAAAGUUUGUUUCAACUCCAGCUCUCUGUGACGCGCCGGCUCCCCGAAAGCCUCACACGGGACAAACAUGAAGCGGCUCGGGCUGGUGCUCCUCGUCGCGUUGCUAUGGCAAUGCGGACACGCGCAGCAAAGAGGAUUAUUCCCGGCUGUUCUGAAUUUGGCAUCCAUGGCUGAUAUUACAACCAACGCUACGUGUGGUCAAUCCGAACCAGAGAUGUUCUGUAAACUAGUCGAACAUGUACCAGGUCGGCCUGUUCGAAACCCCCAAUGUCGAAUCUGUGAUCAGAAGAGUACGAAACCAUUUGAGCGUCACCCUAUCGAAUUUGCUAUUGAUGGGACGAACCGUUGGUGGCAAAGUCCAUCCAUCAAGAAUGGAAUGGAAUACCAUUAUGUGACAAUUACACUGGACUUGAAACAGGUUUUCCAGAUAGCCUAUGUGAUCGUAAAGGCUGCUAACUCGCCUCGUCCUGGUAACUGGAUCUUGGAGCGUUCAAUAGAUGGCGAGACCUUUGAACCGUGGCAGUUCUUUGCCCUAACAGAGACAGAGUGCCUGACCAGGUUCAACAUGAAUCCAAGGACAGGACCUCCAUCAUACAUGAGAGACGAUGAAGUUAUCUGCACAUCAUUCUAUUCCAAGAUUCACCCCUUGGAGAAUGGAGAGAUUCACACUUCUUUAAUCAAUGGUCGUCCCAGUGCAGAUGACCCUUCCCCGACCUUGCUGAACUUUACCUCUGCCCGCUACAUCAGACUGGUUUUUCAAAGGAUCAGAACGCUCAACGCAGACCUCAUGACACUGACAUUGCAUGACCCCAAAGAUAUUGAUCCCAUUGUGACAAGACGGUACUACUAUUCUAUUAAGGACAUUUCAGUUGGAGGGAUGUGCAUCUGUUAUGGUCACGCAAAGGCUUGUCCACUAAACAGUGUUUCCAAGAAAUUUAGCUGUGAAUGUGAGCACAACACAUGUGGCGAGAGUUGCGAUCGCUGUUGCCCUGGGUACCAUCAACAAGCCUGGAUGGCGGGAACCUUCGUCACUCGACACGUUUGCGAGAAGUGUAACUGCCAUGGGAAGGCUGAGGAAUGCUACUUUAAUCAGACUGUUGCGGACCUAUCCCUCAGCCUGGAUAUCAAUGGCCAGUACCGAGGGGGUGGAGUGUGUAUUUCAUGCCGUGACAACACGGAUGGUAUCAACUGUCAGAGCUGUGUUCCUGGCUACUAUAGACCUGCAGGAGUAAAUGCUGAGGAUGACAACCCCUGCAUCCCUUGCUCAUGUGACUCACAUGGUUCUGAUGACCAAACGUGUAUUGAGGACUCGAGCCAGGCAACACCUACUCAGCCACCAGGGUCAUGCCGUUGUAAGGAAGGGUUUGGCGGUCUGCGAUGUGACAGGUGUGCAAUUGGUUAUAUGGGCUACCCAGACUGUCAGCCAUGUAACUGCAGCAUCGAGGGAAGCAGCAACAGUGACCCGUGUACUUCACCCUGCAUGUGCAAGGAGAAUGUGGAGGGAGAGAAUUGCGGCCGCUGCAAACUGGGUUUCUACAAUCUGCAGCGUGACAAUCCACGCGGCUGCGAGAAAUGCUCUUGCAUGGGCGUAGCAAGCCAGUGCUCUGCCUCCACGUGGGUUUAUCAGAAUGAGAGCACACUAACAGGGUGGUACCUGAGUGGAGAUUCAGGACGGAGAGUUUGGCCUAUCCACAGAGAGACACCUCAAUAUCUAAGUGUCCAUCAUGCAGAUGUUGUGGACAACCUUGGUUCUGCUUACUACUGGAAUGCACCUGAAUCAUACCUGGGAAACAAGCUAUCAGCCUACGGAGGGAGUGUAGUCUACACUGUGUCUUACACAAUAGAUCAUCAGGAUCAUAUGAUUAGAGUCACUUCAGAACCAGACCUUAUCAUUGAGGGUGGCGGGAUCACGAUUGUGGACAGACAGUACGGUCAACCUGUGUAUCCGUCCUCACCGAGAACCAAUCGCAUCACUCUUCUUCCUGAGAACUUCAGGGUUUCGGGGACCGCUCAGCCAAUUAGUCGCAGGGACUUCCUGACCGUGUUGGCAAACAUGAGCAGACUGAUGGUCAGAACCUCCUACAGUACAGAAUCCAGUGCUGUGUACAGACUCCACUUAUUCUCGAUGCAAGUAAGUUAUCCUUCUGCAAAAGGAGGGAUAACAGCAUCGGCAGUCGAAAUGUGCUCUUGUCCACCUGGAUAUGCGGGAACAUCCUGUGAGGCUUGCAUUGCUGGAUUCCGAAGAGUGGAUGGGCACCUGUACAAUGGUGUGUGUGAAGUAUGUCAAUGUCAUGGGCAUGCCACACAGUGCCACCAGAUCACCGGUCACUGCCUGGACUGUUCCCACCACACCACAGGCCCCCAGUGUGAGACCUGCCAACCUGGUUUCUACGGCGACGCCACCCACGGGUCACCCACAGAUUGUCAGCCCUGUGCCUGCCCUCUCAAUGUGCCUAGUAACAAUUUCAGCCCGACCUGCCACCUUAGUGAGAAAGGAGAGCUGUUGUGUGACCAGUGUCAGACUGGUUACACCGGACCAAGAUGUGACAGGUGUUCCAACGGGUAUUAUGGACAACCCACUGUCCCAGGAGGCUCCUGCCAGCCCUGUGAUUGCCACGGUAACCUGGACCUGUCUAGACCCAGCAGCUGUGAUCCAAUCACAGGCCAGUGUCUGCUCUGUCGACAUGGCUACAGUGGCGUGGCGUGCGACAGCUGUGAUGACGGAUUCUUUGGGGAUGCCACCACUGCCAAGAAUUGCCAACCCUGUCAGUGCCAUAUUAAUGGCUCCGUUUCCAAAGUCUGCAAUAAGGAGAGCGGUCGAUGCCAGUGCAAGGAAAAUGUGGUGGGACGGCAGUGUGACGACUGCAUGCCCAAUUACUGGUGGGAUGCUGAAAGACACGAGUGCGUGGCCUGUCGCUGCACUCACCUCGGCUCCGUCUCUCAACGCUGCGACGUUGAGGGCCGCUGUAUCUGCCGACCGGGAUUUACAGGCACGCGCUGUGAUCAGCGCCGCCAAGGUUACGAGAGACGGGAGACCCGGCGCCCGGUGGAGCGCGUCCCCGUGGAUGACGUACAACGGAGAUGGGGCGGGCCAUCUCGCUCAGGGGGUUGUCCUAGGGGGGCAUACUGGCCCAGUGCUGGGGCUCAGACAUACGGCCUCGCCACAGGUGGACAGUGUGUGCCCUGUCACUGUAACUCUUUUGGUUCCAAGUCGUUUGACUGCGAUGAAAACGGUCAGUGUCGGUGCCAGCCGGGUGUCACUGGACCAAAGUGUGACCGCUGCUCACGAGGAUUCUUCAACUUCCAGGAAGGAGGCUGCACACCAUGUCUCUGCGACCAUGUGGGCAAUAACUGUGACGCCAACACAGGACAGUGUAUCUGUCCUCCAAACACACUUGGUGAGAGGUGUGACCGCUGCGCCCCCAACCACUGGGGCCAUGAUAUCAUGACUGGAUGCAAGGAAUGUGGCUGUAGUGUGGUGGGCUCAGUAAAACAGCAGUGCAACGUCAACACAGGCUGUUGCCUUUGUCGUGACUCCUUCAGAGGGGAGAAAUGUAAUGAAUGUCAGCUGGGCUUCAGAGACUUUCCUCAGUGCACCCCAUGUCAGUGUAACCUCUUAGGAUCAGACACCGAGACUUGUGACCUAGAACGAAGAGUUUGCGCAUGUGCAGAUCGAACUGGCAAGUGCAGCUGCAAGGAAAAUGUGAUGGGUGACCACUGUGACCAUUGCAAGCCCAACUCAUUCGGCUUAUCCUUACAAAAUCCUCUGGGCUGUAGCAAAUGCUAUUGUUAUGGCCUGACAAAUUCCUGCACCGAGUCACAGGGACUCAUUAGGAUGUGGUUAACACUGAGACCAGAGCAGACAGUGCUUCCCCUAGUGGAUAAAAGUAGCAUCAUUGAGACUACAACAGGAGUGAGCUUCCAACACCCGGAGAUCCUCGCACACUCUGAGCUGGUCACUCAAGUUCUUUCCGAGCCUUAUUACUGGAAACUACCACAACAGUUCCGAGGCUCCAUGAUCACGGCAUACGGUGGUAAAUUGAAGUAUGCUGUGUACUAUGAGGCCAGAGAUGAAACUGGGCCCUCCUCAUAUGAGCCCCAGGUAAUUAUCAAGGGUGGUGCUAACCACAACAUCGUGAUGACGCGCCAUGUAACGGGACUCCAGAUUGGUCAGCUCACACGGCAUGAGAUUGACAUGACAGAGCAUGAGUGGAGGCACGCAGACGGACGGCCAAUGACACGCCAGGAUUUCAUGGACGUCUUGUUCUAUGUGGACUUUGUCCUCAUCAAGGCAUCACAUGGCAACCAGAUGAGACACAGCCGUAUUUCUGAGAUAAGUCUGACUGUGGCAGAAGCUGGUACACCAACCAGAGAGAGUGAGAAAGCUUACCAAAUAGAACAAUGUGAAUGUCCAACUGGAUACUCUGGACUGUCCUGUGAGGAGUGUUCAGCAGGUUUCUACCGCCUUCGCAGCGGCUCACACACAUCUGCUCCGGCCUCCAGAGUCCCCACUGCUGUAGGCAUGGGCAGCUGUGUUCAGUGCCAGUGCAGCGGCCACUCGUCCACCUGUGACCCUGACACGUCCAUAUGCCAGAACUGUCAAGACAACACAGAAGGAGAUCACUGUGAGAGUUGUGCUCCAGGAUUCUACGGCGUGGUCCGGGGAUUCCAUGAUGACUGCAAACCUUGUGCCUGUCCCCUUCCUAAUCCUGGGAAUAAUUUUAGUCCAUUGUGCGUCACAGAAGGUUAUGAUGACUACCGUUGUACAGCCUGUCCUGAGGGAUAUGAAGGAAAAUACUGUGAAAGGUGUUCCACUGGUUACCAUGGUAACCCACGGAUGCCUGGUGGUCGAUGCGAGGAGUGUAAGUGUUCCACGUGGGGUUCGUUGCCCGGACCGUGCGACCCGAUCACUGGCCAAUGCCGGUGCACGGUCGGAGUGUCUGGGAGAUCUUGUGAUCAAUGCAUGGAAAGGCAUGUGUGUGGACCAUCUGGGAUCAUCUCAUGUGACGAUGAGUGCUCAGGUUUGCUGAUCAGUGACAUGGACCGCUUGUAUCGCAUCAUCACUGACAUCACACUAACCACACCUCUGCCGCCCCCUUACAAGAUCCUCUACCGCUUUGAGAACAUGACCGAAGAACUCAAGCACAUGUUGUCACCUCAGAAAGCUCCGGAGAGAUUACUGCAGCUGGCCGACUCCAACCUGGGAUCACUGGUUGUUGAGAUGGACCAACUACACAGCAGGGCAACUAAGGUAUCUGCUGAUGGAGAACAAGUGGAAGACGAUUCCGACAGAAUUCAGAAGCGAGCUGAGAUUCUGGAGAAGUUCAUUAGGGACACACUGCUGGGAGCUCAAGACCUACAAUCCAAAGCUGAUGAUUUGAACCGUAUGCUGGCGCGCAAAGACGGAACGCCGGAAAAAAGUUUGAAGGAGAUGAAGGAGGAGAUUCAGGCCAUGCUGUCCGAGAUGAGGAAACGGCAUCUAGGAGGGAAGCGGAUUAUUGCUGAGGAAGAGCUCGAUCUGGCAGAAGAGUUGUUCCAAAAAGUGAAGAGGAUGUUUGGUAUUCCUCAUCAGGCCACAGAAGACCUUAAAGCAGAGAUUAAAGGCAAACUGUCAGACCAUGAAGGUAAACUUCAGGAAGCCCAAGAGCUUCUUUAUUCAGCUCGUGAGAAGACCAGACAAGCUGGCCUGUUAGCCGGACACAACCAAGCCAACCUCACAUUCUUGGAGAGGAAGCACGCAGCAGUCCUCGGGGUGAAACAAGAAGCACAAAAAGUCCUGGAGGAAGGAGAAAACCUCCUGGAUGAUGCCAACCAGCUUUCAGAUAACAUCAAUAAAGAGCUAGAGGAUGCUGAGGAGAUGAGAAAAGAUCUUGGUCCUCUUCAUGAGCAGUUGGAUGACAAAGUCCGGCACCUCACGGACGGUUUAAGCGGCGGUGGCCUGGCUCAUCGUGUUCGCGCUGCUGAGGAUCACGCCCAACAGCUUAAUGAUUCCGCUGCAAUUUUGGAUGGAAUUUUAGCUGAAGCAAAGAAUCUCUCCUUCAACGCAACAGCUGCCUUCAAAGCAUACACAAACAUCAAGGCGAAUGUUGACGAAGCAGAGAAAGAGGCGAAGACGGCCAAACAGAGGGCGUCCGAGGCACUGGCAAUGGCUUUAGGCCCAGAGAUCCCAGUCAAGGAGGAAGCUGAAGGUGCCCUUCAGAAGAGUCUCAAGCUGCUUAACCAGGCUAAGCAACUUCAUAAUGAUGUCAAAGACAAUGCUGCGACUGUGUCUGGACUGAAGGGCAGAGUUAAAUCUGCAAGAGACCGAACCAAAGACCUGCUCAAAGCGGUGAAUGGAACCAUGACAACACUCAACGCUAUCCCCAAUGACACUGCUGCCAAGCUGGCGACAACAAAGAUCGUGGCCGCAGAGGCCAACGCGACAGCCAUCGACGUACUAGAACGCCUCGCGGCCCUGAACCUUCAGGUCAACGACAUACAGAAGAACUUCAGCCAACUGGCCGAUACGGUCAGCGCUGCCAACAAGAUGAUCCAGGACCCAGAGAAAAACAUCCACGCUGCUGGAGCCAAAGUCAAGGAUUUAGAGGAUGAAGCUGAUAGGCUGUUGGAGAAGCUGAAGCCUAUCAAAAAGCUGGAGGACAAUUUGAGGCGAAAUAUCUCACAGAUAAAGGAACUGAUCAACCAAGCCAGGAAACAGGCCAACUCUAUCAAAGUGUCAGUGUCAUCGGGUGGUGAUUGUCUGCGAAGUUACCGCCCCGACAUCAGGAAGGGCAGGUACAACACCAUCAUUCUCCACGUCAAAACCACCACGCCUGAUAAUCUGCUUUUCUACCUUGGUUCUGCCAAAUAUGUUGAUUUCCUGGCUCUGGAGAUGCGUAAGGGCAAGGUGUACUUCCUUUGGGAUGUGGGUUCAGGUGUGGGACGGGUGGAAUAUCCUCAUCUCACCAUCCAUGAUGGAAACUGGCACAGAAUAGAAGCUUUUCGAAACGGAUUGAACGGUACCAUAUUAGUGUACCCUCUAGAAGGUCCAAGGGCCGGCGUGGUUCCAACCCCGAACAGCGCAAACUCGCCCGUUACUUACACCAUCCUGGAUGUGGACCAGAACGCUUAUCUGUUUGUUGGCGGAAUACUUGGCACAAUCAAAAAAGCGGAUGCUGUGAGGACAACAACAUUCACUGGAUGCAUGGGAGAAACCUUCCUGGAUGGUAAACCAAUUGGACUUUGGAACUACAGGGACAGGCAGGGAGACUGUAAAGGAUGUGUUGUCAGCCCCCAGGCAUCAAACGGUGAAGGGACUGUCCAGCUGGACGGAGAAGGCUACGCCGCAGUGGGACGACCCACAAGAUGGAACCCGAAUGUUUCCAGCGUUACAUUCAAGUUCCGAACAUUUGCAUCGGAUGCACUGCUUAUGUAUCUGGCAACUGAAGAUAUGAAGGACUUUAUGUCCUUAGAGUUAGCGGGGGGCAAGGUAAAGAUGAACUUCGAUUUAGGAUCAGGAGUUGGCAACGCCAUAUCAGCUCACCGUCAGAAUGAUGGACACUGGAAGUCCCUCACUAUGUCUCGCAACAAGAAGCAAGCCACAGUUAGCAUCGUGGAUAUUGACACCGGUGCUGAGGAGAAGAUAGCGGCCACAUCUCUAGGAACGGCCACUGGGCUGAAUCUCAAGGAGAAGCAGAGCAUUUAUUUUGGAGGUCUGCCAACCAUUGGAAACUACAGGCCAGAGAUCACACUGAAACGCUAUGUGGGCUGCCUCCGGGAGAUUGAAGUAUCUCGAACUCCUUAUAAUCUCCUCAGUAGCUCCGAUUACACUGGGGUUACGAAAGGAUGUAAUGUAGAGAACCUGUAUACAGUGAGCUUCACCAAACCAGGAUACGUGGAGCUCGGUGGUCUAUCCCUGGCAGUAGGGACUGAAAUCAGCCUGUCGUUCAGUACCAUGGUGGAUACUGGCACCCUGCUGUUAGCAGUGGGUGGGCCACCGCCCAUCAGCCAACAGGUCCGUAACAGAAAUGGCGUCUCUAAGAGGAAACGCAGACAAUCAGGCGAGCCCUUCCUCUCAGUGAUGCUGAACAAAGGCUCUCUGGAGGUGUUGGUGUUUACGGGAAGCCACAGUCUGCGUCGUGUCAUCAGACGGCCCGAGCAAGGCAUCUUAAGUGAUGGAAGAGAACAUUCGCUGCGCAUCGAAAGAUUACCUGGCAGAUCUUUUGCAGUUCAAGUGGAUGAGGAGGCAAAGAGGGAGUCUCCACUCCCCAAUGACCAGCCAAUCAUCUUGCAGCGUGUGUUCCUCGGUGGUAUUCCUUCUGAGGUGGAGCGAACAUCCAACAGGGCCAAUGUCCCAUUCCAAGGAUGUAUAUGGAAUCUCAUGGUCAACUCUGUUCUGUCAGACUUCUCUCAGUCCGUGUCCUUUGAAAAUGCUGAGAUUGGACAGUGUCCCAGCCUUGCACCGCUCCUUCCUCUUCCUUAUCCAACAGAAGAGGCUGAGAAGGAAGUACCUGCAACCAAACCGCCAACUCCCGCCUUUGUUACAUCGCCUCCUGAAGUUCCUGCCGAGCCCACAGCAAUUGUUGCAGCUGCCACCACAACCUCUGCUACGCCUACUUUUGCAGAAGCCCCGCCCACUGCUGACACGGAUAUGUGUCCCUCAGCUGUGGCCCCCGUAGCACUGGAGCAGGCCUACCAGUUCGGACUGAGCAGGAACAGUCACAUGAGCUUUGCCUUUGAUGAUGCCAAAGUCAGAGAAAGGUUGAUAUUGGAGUUCGAGGUGAGGACACAGGAAGAGUCAGGACUGGUUCUCUACAUGGCCAGAAUCAACCACGCGGACUUUGUCUCGAUUCAGAUCAAGGACGGACAGGUGUGCUUGGGUUAUGACCUCGGUCAUGGCAAUACAUCUGGAUGCGUCCCCUUUUCCAUUAAUGAUGGCAACUGGCAUAAGAUCCGUGUGGCACGUAAUAAACAGAGAGCUCUCCUGGUGGUGGACGGACGGUACAGUAAACAGAUGAUCAGCCCCAAAAAGGCUGACCUGUUAGAUGUGGUGGGAAUGCUUUAUGUUGGUGGUCUCCCGAAAAACUAUACUACCAAGAGGAUUGGACCGAUUCUUCAGAGUAUCAACGGUUGCAUCCGUCGCUUGAAGAUGGUGGGAGGGCCUGUUAGCACAAAAGUUACUGCCCCAGGUCGUACUGAAGCGCUUACUGAAGACUUUAAGCUCGACAUGGAGACACCAACGUCUAGUCUCAUGGUCGGAAGAUGCUUUGCUGCCACUGAGGCAGGAACUUAUUUUGAUGGAACUGGCUUCUUGAAAGCAGUUUCAAACUACAGAGUAGGACUCGACGUCUCCAUUGCAUUUGAGUUCCGAACCAGCAGACUGAACGGCGUCCUUUUGGCCGUCAGUAACCAGGGCAAUGAUGGGCUUGGUCUCGAGAUUGUUCAGGGCCAACUGCUCUUCCACGUCGACAACGGCGCUGGACGCAUUACGGCGAUGCACGUGCCCGAUGGCGAUGGCUUCUGUGACGGUCGGUGGCACGCAGUUGUCGCUAACAAGGCUCGCCACAAGGUAGAACUGCUGGUGGACGGCAAGCAGAGCAAUGCCCAGAGUCCCAACGCACGCUCCAACACUUGUGACACCAAUGAUCCCAUCUACGUCGGAGGUUACCCAGACGGCGUUCGGCAGGCAGCUCUGUCCAGCCGAACAUCCUUCAGAGGUUGCAUGAGGAACCUGAAGAUCACCAAAUCAUCCAAGACAAUGGAGGUGCACUUCAACAAGGCUCUGGAAGUCAAAGGGGUUCAACCACUCUCAUGUCCCGCCAUCGCUGCGUAAAAAACAACUCUUUUGUGCACUCUGGUCAAUAAAUAUGAAAUGGCUUCUUACCAAAGUGUAAUAUAAUAUCUUUUCAUGUGAUCGCACCAUUUCACCACAACAUUAAAGCUACCCAUCAAAGUAUGUAGCAUUGUUUUUUUUUACAUGUUUGCACAUUUCCAAAGUUCAACAAAGGCAAGACACUUAAUCGGUUACACCACAUUAGCACUUGGUGAAUUCAAGAUGAUUUAAAUCCAAAUGUUCAGAUAUACUAAGAAUUAUGAUGAUUGUCAUUACUAUUUAAUCUAGACACAAUCAGCUAAGACAUGCUAAAAGUUCAUCAUAUAUUCAUUAGAAUUGUAAUCAACUGCACUGACUGGUAAUAGUACAGUACAUUAUGUGGUGGUCAAAAAAGACUCAAAUCUGGCUGGUGUGAUUUCCCUUUGCUGUUUCUUAUUCCUGUCUUUAGUUCAUAAUGUAAUUCCCACAUAAUUUCCUAUAUUUGUUUUGCAUUUGCAAUUUUUUUUUAUUGUUAAUAUCUUCCUUUUCUUACACCUUUCUGGGUCCCUUGUUAGAACAUAAGGUUGGUUAUUUUUUUGUGCUGUGCUGUUCUCAAAAAGUGCUACAAAAUUGAAUAAAGCUUUACCUUAUUAUUAACUAAUAAGAAAUACAUGUUAGUGUGGUUGCCAGCCAUCAUGUUAUUAAUUUGAGGAAUAAAUUUAAUUUUGUAUAAUCCAACAGAUUAUAGGUUAAUUGUUAAUCAGAAACAUGGAUUUGAAUAUACAGUAUGCAUUGACAAUAUGUGUGUAAUAACUAAUUGGAACAAGGGGGAGCCAAAA